GUGAGCUGGUUCUCUAUAUAUAGUCGGAAACCAAACCUUGUUUGCAUCCUGGUUCAUGUUACAGACACGUUCUCUGCUGCUGUAAGAGGUCUUACAUGAAGGGAAACUUUGUGGAUUGCAUGUAUGUAUAAACAUCACUCAAUCCUUUUUUAAAGUUUAAUUUAAUAAUAAAUCAACUUCCUCGUUCAGAGUUCAUACACGUUUCCUAACAGGAUUCCUUUCCUCCAACGACGCCUUCUAAACAAUCGCUGUGCUGGUCUAAGAUAUGACACAGGAAAGGAAACAGAGACAGAAAGUACAGUGCUGCAUUUAACAUCAGCUGACUGCUUUCACACAGCAGCAGAUGCUCCAUAAUGACCCCGGUGCACGUCUUCUUAAAAACUGACUGCACGCCAUGAAUAUCUCCCUCCUCUCCAUCCUGCUCGGUCUGGGAGGAAAGUGUCUGCUCAACUGGACCCUCGUGUUUCUCCAAAGAAACCACAUCUGCAAAAGCCUCCUGGGAGUUUUCAGUGUUUCCCUCGCCGUGGUCGACACGGCCCUGACCAUCUCUGUCACCGCCCUUCACAUCCACACUGAAUACGUCUUCCUCCUGGGCUUGCAGCUGACCAGGUACCAUGUAUGUUUGUUGGUUCAAAUCCUCGGACAAGUCUACAACUCUAUGCAGUGGCCUGUUGUAGUCUUAGCUGGUGUGGACCAUUUCUGUACGGUCGCUCAGAGGUUGCAACCCACCACCGGCAGGUUCAGAUGGUUAGUCUGCGUAUUAAUGUGGUCCCUCACUGCUCUCUACGUCUUCCUGCUGUCUGGCUUCUAUCCUGUCUUGGAGGAUGUGUCUCACAACCAGAUUCACCACUGCUGGGUCUUCCACACCUCUCAGAUCCAGCAGGUUUCCAUGUUGCUCCUCCUGGCUCUGAGCUGUGCAGGGUUGCAUGCUGGGUGCAGCACGCGAUUAUCAAAAGAUCCUCCGCCACAACAAACAACAGACCCCAGUAGAACUCACUCCAGAAGAAGUGUCGUUUACCAGACCGUGCAUAUAUUUCUGAACACAUGGGCCCCUUUCCUGUUUUUUCUGGUCGUGUUCCUCCUGCUACCUGUGGGAAUACCUGCGUACCUGGGUCUGAACACUGCCUGGCUCUGCUUCCUCAACAGCCUUCUGAUAGCAGUCGUUUUAUGUGUGGUCUGUCCAGCCUCGCAGCUAGCGAAGGGCUUGGCAGCAGUUCCUCCCGACAGCUUCUGUGAGUGGAGAUUUAAAUUUAGCUCGGCUGCAGAGGACAGAACAUGACUGCACCAAACAGGACAUGAGUUAGAAGAAGUGGAGUCAGCUGCUGAGACCUGAAUGUCUCAUAAUUUGUAUUUCCAGAUAAAAAUUUGAUCAAUGGCAAUGUGGAGGGAAAUGUAUCAACAGUUAAUUUAUGGCUUAAUUAUGCCACCAUCAUUUUAAAAUGUUUUAUAUUCAGUUUAACAUUUUUGCCUUGAUUCAAGACCACGAUUGCAUGGUAUGGAGUAUGAACAAAUAUAUAAUAUAAUCACAGCAGAGUGAGGGUACUAGCAGGAAUCAAGUACAACAUGAACAACAGUUAAAUAUUCUUCAAGAAGGAACCUAAUUUAAAAAUAACUAACCUGACUUUAACAACACAAUUAAUUGAAACAGAACAUUUUAGAACAGAAAACUCCUUUUUUAUUUAUUCUAUGUAUUUUGAAAGCAAACGUUAGAAUAUUAACAUGCUAAACGAAGAUGGUGAACAUUAUAAACAUUAAUGAAAAUCACUUUCGGGUUAUUGACAGGUGAUGUCUGAAAAAAGGAAGGUUGUUUAGUCAAGAGAAACAUUUUAUCUGCCAAACAAAAGCAUGUUUACAUCUCCGGUGUGAGUAAGUUAGAAUGCUUUACAUUAGCAUUUAACUCGUACAACCUCAGAGGCUGCAGACUCUGGAUCCAGAUAAUGUGUUUAUGCUGGCCAGUGAAAUUAAGUAAGACAAGCUUUAUGCAGCCGUGCUAGAGAAUGAAAUGACUACUCUAAAAUAAAAAGUACAAGGCUCUAGAGAUGCCUCUUUUUUUUUUUAACUCACUCACUAUAAAGGUCCAGUGUGUAGGAUUUAGUGGUAUCUAGUUGCAGAUUAUAACUCACUCGUUUCACCCACCCUUUCCAUCUGCGAGGGAGAAACUACAGCGGAUGCAAAACUUGCCAAAAAUGUGAAGAACCCUAUCUAGAGCCAGUGUUUGGUUUGUCUCUUCUACUGCAGCAACAUGGUAGUUCAACAUGGAGGACUCCACGGAGGGCGACCUAUGAAUAUUACAUUCAAUUUCUGUCAAUGGAUCCUCCUACAUGUUACACACUGGCCUUUUAAAGUGUGUGUGUACACCACUGGCUUCAGUGUGUUGAUAUUGUGGUUGACUUUAAAUAAAUCAGCUGAAGUUAAAACCACAUCAGCACCUCAGAGGACAUACAUACCAAAAACCAGCUGUAUUUUAUUGGGGUGUUGCUGCUGAUUGUAAAGAAGAUGAUUACAGUGUAUGUAAAAUGUAAAGCCACGUACUGUCCAACAGUGGAGGGAGAGGUUAUAUAGGUCUGUUUGAUGGAAGGCAUAACAGCCAAACUCCUACUGAGGACUGAUGUUUUCAACAAUAAGUCAUAUUACAGUUACCGCUACUGAUUAAAAACACAACUUCUAUAUAAUCCCAACAGAGGGGAGAAGGUCAACUAUGUACUUUGUAUGUGAUGGGAGACAACAGAUGUAUACAGAUGUGAUGAAGAAGUGAUUGCAUAUGGAUUUAAAUAAGGUUGUGUGCCUCUAUAUGUCUGUGAUACCUCUUUGAGCUGAACUUCAUUAUGAUAGACUGAUGCUUACACUUGAUGACUUUUGUACAAUGUUUAUAUGUUGAUUUUAUAUGUUUGCACAUGGAAAUAAAGAAAAAAAUAUAAAUAAAUAAAACACAUCAGCAGCUCUGAUAACUUUAAAUUAGUAUAUUGUGCUAAUGUGUGAAUCCUUCGUCAAUUAAGAAGUUAUGAAGACAAAAAUCAGCUUCACCAGCGAAUAAGAAAGGCAAAGGACAACAGCGGGUUUGACACUACAGAACUUUACUUGAAUUUGAUCCAAGUUCAUUGUCUAUACAGGGUAUAUUUACAAGAUUUGAAAUCAGGAGAGGGCAAAAACAGAAAAAAAACAAA